GGAUCUCUCCUCGGGCGGGCGCGGGUGGUGCGGCUCGGCCUGUGCGCGCGCUCCGAGCCCCGAGUCAGAGCGAGGCCGAGGGGGCGCCGCGCGGCCGACUUGGCAAGAUGACACAGUUCCUGCCGCCCAACCUCUUGGCGCUCUUUGCGCCCCGUGACCCUAUUCCCUACUUACCCCCGCUGGAGAAAUUGCCUCACGAGAAGCACCACAACCAGCCCUACUGUGGUAUUGCUCCCUAUAUCCGGGAGUUUGAGGACCCUCGCGAUGCCCCCCCACCGACCCGAGCAGAGACCCGGGAGGAACGCAUGGAGAGAAAGAGACGAGAGAAGAUCGAGCGGCGGCAGCAGGAGGUGGAGACAGAACUGAAAAUGUGGGACCCGCACAAUGACUCCAAUGCCCAGGGCGAUGCCUUCAAGACCCUCUUUGUGGCCCGAGUGAACUACGACACGACAGAGUCCAAGCUCCGGAGAGAGUUUGAAGUGUACGGGCCCAUCAAGAGGAUACACAUGGUGUACAGCAAGCGUUCAGGGAAGCCGCGGGGCUACGCAUUCAUCGAGUACGAGCACGAACGGGACAUGCAUUCGGCAUACAAGCACGCGGACGGCAAGAAGAUCGACGGGCGGCGAGUGCUGGUGGAUGUGGAGCGAGGCCGCACGGUCAAGGGUUGGCGGCCCCGGAGGCUAGGAGGAGGGCUGGGCGGCACCCGACGCGGCGGGGCUGACGUCAACAUCCGGCACUCGGGCCGUGACGACACGUCCCGCUACGACGAGAGGGACCGGGACCGGGAACGAGAACGUGAGCGGCGAGAGCGGAGCCGGGAGCGGGACAAGGAGCGGGAGCGCCGGCGGUCGCGGUCUCGGGAGCGGCGGCGGCGUUCGCGCAGCCGGGACAAGGAGGAGCGGCGACGUUCCCGGGAGCGCAGCAAGGACAAGGACCGCGAGCGCAAGCGGCGCAGCAGCCGCAGCCGGGAGCGGGCCCGCCGGGACCGGGACCGCGAGCGCAAGGAGGAGCCGCGGGGGGGGCCCGGGGAGGGGCUGGAGCCCCCCGAGCCCGGAGACGGGCCCCCGGAUGAGAUGCUGGGGGAGCCGGGGCCCGACGGGGCGGACGGCCUGGAGGAGAAGGGCCGGGAGCGGGAGCGGGACAGGGACCGGCGCCGGAGCCACCGGGGCGAGCGGGAGCGGCGGCGGGACCGCGAGCGGGAUCGGGACCGGGACCGGGAGCACAAGCGCGGGGAGCGGGGGGGUGGGGAGCGACGCGGAGACGAGGGCCGGGGGGGUGGAGGGGGCCAGGACAACGGGCUGGAGGGCCUGGGCCCGGACGGGGGCCGAGACCUGUACAUGGAGGGUGAGGCCGGGGACGGCUACCUGGCCCCCGAGAAUGGCUACCUGAUGGAGGCGGCCCCCGAGUGAGGGCCGCGCUCUUUCCUUUCCCCCUCCCCCCCCCCCACCCCUUCCCCAGGCGUGCGUGGUUGUGUCCCCUGCCCUCCGUGCGGGACCUGCUGGCAGCAGGGGCGGACACCCCCCCGCACGUCCCAGACCC